AUGGAAUAUGAAGGAGAAAUUUUUCAUUUGACAGAAUAUCAAAUAAAAAAAACAGUAAAAGCUUUUAAUUACUUAGACAAAAAAAAGAAAGGAUUACUAAAGUUUGAUUUAUUAGGGAAUCUGCUACGAUGUUGUGGAUAUAAUGUAUCAUUAAAAGAAAUUGAAAAAAUAAAAGAAAAAAUAAUAGAAAAGAAAAUUAUUGAAAAAAAGAAAGAAAAAACUAAGGAGGAAGAAAAGAGAGAAAAAGAAAUAAUAAUAUAUGAUGAAAAUGAAGAAUUAAAUAAUAAUAAUAAUCAGCUUAACAAAAAUGAUAUAAUUAAUGAUGAUAAUAAUAAUAUAUCAGAGUUAUUAAACAAUUUAAAGAAUUAUGAUAACUUCAUGGAAAUAGAGAAAAAAAAAGAAGAAAUUAAAAAAGAAGAAGAAGAAAAUAAAAAUUUAUUUAGUAUAAAAGAGUACUUCAGAAUUAUCCAAAUACCAAAUAUAACUAAUGAAAUAAAACCUCCAAAUAUUUUAGAUUCUUUUGAAGUUUUUGAUGAAAAAGGAAAUGGAAAAAUAUCAAUAAAAAAGUUGAGAUUUAUUUUACAAUAUUUAGGUGAACCUUUUAGCAAUUCAGAAUUUGAUGAAUUUUUUGAAUGGAUUAAAACCUUAGACAAAGUCUAUAAAAAUGAUCAUAUAAUAUAUGAGGAUUUACUAAAUGAGUUAAUAAAUAAAGAUUCAAAUAUAUGA